AUGAAAUGGAGCCUUCGUCAGUCUCGGUUCUCGCUGGACGCCUUGGCUCGUCUGCUGUCCCUCCCACUCUUAGUCACUUCGACCACCACCUUGGGCUUCGUAUAUGUGGAUAGCGUUUACUUCCAUGGUUUUAUGCGGCCUUCCACCGUCGAGAUCACCCCACUGAACUUCCUGCGCUACAACCUUCUGCCCUCUAAUCUCGCAGAGCAUGGCUUGCAUCCUCGAUGGCUUCACCUCGUUGUGAAUCUCCCUAUGAUUGCCACGCCCGGCUUGCUUUUCUAUGUUCUAUGGGCCGAGUUUGAUCUGUUCACCUCGCGUACUGGGGAGGUACCGAAAGGCAAGCCAGGACCACAAUCAAUUCCAUGCUUCCUCUCCCGAUGCUCACUCCCCCAUUCAGCGUAUUACUGGGUUAGGUGGUCUGCCACUUCACUCCUGUCUAUUCAACCACACCAGGAGCCGCGUUUCUUGACACCUCUGCUCGUGCCGAUGAUAGCCAUCGCCGUGAAUAACGCGCGCAUUACGCAAGCACGGAAGUCAUUCUUGAUAUCCUGGAUAACUGCGAACGCGGCCCUCGCCGUCUUGUUCGGCGUUCUCCACCAAGGCGGUGUCGUCCCAUCGCUUUUCCGUAUACACGACAUUGUGUACAACGAUGCACGCGGCAUACACACGCAUGACUUCCAAAUCGUCUAUUGGAAGACGUACAUGCCGCCGAGGCACCUCCUCGCCAUACGCCAGGAAGACGUUGACUCCCGGAAAAUAUCCGUUCAGGACCUCUCCGGCGCAUCGCCUGACAUGGCACUCGACGCGCUCCUCAUAUUUACUGCGUUCCCGAAACUCCCCUCGACUCUCCUCGUGGCACCUUUUCACGCAGUCCAGGAGCUGGGCGAGCAGGUGGCAGAGUGCUUAAUGGAGCGGGACCGGGUCUUCCCGCAUCUGGACCUCGAUCACAUCGGCGAGUCAGUGCAGACAGGCUGGAAAGAUGGUUUGAGCCUAGGCAUCUUUGACGUAGAUGUAGAAUGCUUGCGGAAGACACCGCCUUACGAACCGUAG